AUGCCUACUCCAGGAUUGCAAAACAGUCAAGGUUCAUUUCCAGACUUUGAGAACCCUUACUCUAAGCAGGAAGCAGACCCUGAUUUAAGGCCUAAGAACUUCUGGUUGAGUAUAUGUGUUGACCAUGUGCAGAUUCAAUUAAUUAGAAUACAGUUGAGAGUACCUGAAUAUGGUUGGACUACACAAAAGGUUUUCCAUCUCAUGAACUUUGUUGUAAAUGGAGUUCGCGCUAUUGUCUUUGGAUUUCACAAACAAGUGUUUUUGUUCCAUCCCAAGGUGCUUACUUUGGUAUUAUUGGAUUUACCGGGCCUACUUUUCUUCUCAGCAUAUACACUUCUUGUUCUAUUUUGGGCUGAGAUAUAUCACCAGGCUAGAAGUUUACCAACAGAUAAGCUGAGGACCUUCUAUAUUUCAGUAAAUGGUGUAAUAUACUUCAUACAGGUUUGCUAUAUGCUUCGCCUCUUCAUUUAAUAGUAGCCUUUCUUUGUUACUUAGUAAGGAUAUAUACUGGAUUAGACGACAACAACAACAACAACAACAAACUCAGUGCAAUCCCACAAGUGGGGUUUGGGGAG